CAACGUGGGGGCGUCUGUUUGUCAGUGGAAGACUUGACAAUUCAAUCAUUAAAAUGGCCAAAGCAAAGGGUCGCGCAAAGCAGUUCCAAGACUUGGACGAGCCUAUCGCCAAGGACUACGAUCCCGAGGCCAAUGUCGAAGUUAGCGAGAAUGGCAGCGGUAGCGAAGAGAGCGAGGACGAGAACGCGGGUACUGAGCACUAUGUUUCCGUUGGAAAGAGUAAAUUGAGGAAACAGGAGGGCCUGUCACUCGGUCACCAGUACCGAGGCUCUCGAGUCUCGCGAGAUGCGCUCGAAGAAGAGAGCGAGUCGGAAGACGAGGAUGAUGACGAGGAGUCGGGCGAUGAGGAAUUCGACGAUCCUGAGACCGCAGAUCUAGCACGCGACGAGGCUGAGGCCAACGACUCAGAAAUCGAGAGCGACGACGCUCUUGGCGAAAGCGACCAGGAGCGCUUCAAGGAGUUUACUUUCCGAGGAAGCUCCAAGCCUAAAAAGCCUGUUAGCAAGCGAGCUACCGCUGCUGACUACAUGUCGUCUUCCGAUGACGGCGGCGCUGGCGUUGGCGAAGAUGAGGACGACGAAUCCGAGUCAGUUGAGGACGACAUGGACGAUGGUCUUGACGCUCUGGUCGAUGGUGAGGAAGGCUCCGACGAUGAGUCGGAUGAGAAUGACGAUGAGGAGGGCUCGGGAGAAGAGGAUGAGGACGAUGAUGAUAGCGAAAGCGAUGACGAGGAAUCAGAGGCGAAGGCUAAGAACGCAAAACCCAUUAUGGCAGCCCUAUCAACUCGACCCGAUGUUGACAAGGGUUUGGCAAUCCGUCAGCAGCGCAAGGCCUAUGAUGGGCUCCUCAACAUUCGAAUUCGCCUACAGAAAGCCCUCAUUGCUGCCAACACCUUCGAUACCCUCGACGCCAACCCCGAGCCCGAAUCGGAGCCUUACGAGGCUGCUGAGGAGGCAGCCAUCAAGCUCCUCAACACUAUCAGCAGCCUUAAGGAUAACUUUGGACCAUCUCGAGCUGGCGAGAAGCGCAAGCGUGGAUUAGAUGUGUCUAUGGCCACAAGCGUGAUCUGGGAGCAAUUACAAGCGGAGGAACAACGAUCUAUUAAAUCUAGGGAAGAUCGCCUUGAGAAGUGGUCUCGCAAGGUGCAGUCCGUUAAUGUCACAGCACCCAAGGGGCUCGAGUCGCGAAACAAGACUCUUGUCAGUGCCCUUAAGGAGCAGCUCAUUGACCCCGACAACCGUCUCGCCAAGCGCUCUCGCGUCCCUCGUUCAUGUGCCCCUGCGCAAGCUGCCAAGGGUGCAUCGGAGAACAGCAACAUCUACGACGACGCCGACUUCUACCAGGUUCUCCUGAAGGAGCUUGUGGACCAGCGCACAGUGGAGGGCUCAUCGGGAGCUGGAGCUGGAGCUGCCGUCCCCACGGUCGUUCUCACAGCAGCCAAGGACGUCAAGUCACGAAAGAAUGUUGACCGCAAGGCCAGCAAGGGCCGCAAGAUGCGUUUCACAGUUCACGAGAAGCUGCAGAACUUCAUGGCGCCUGAGGACCGACGUGCGUGGGAGCAGGGUGCUAUUGACCGCUUCUUCGGCACGCUGUUCGGCCGCAAGAUGGAGCUUAACGAAGACGAGAGCGAGGAUGACAUGGAUGUUGAUGUUGAGGAGGCAGGACUCCGGCUGUUUAGAAACUAAAGGGGGACACGAAAAAAGUUGUAAUUGUAGAUGUCAUAGACUGUUGCUUAAGCAUUACCAAAAUACCAGGUACAAAGAAACAUGGUCAACAAAACAAUGUGAACUCCUAGGUGCACCAGUGGUCCUCCUAAUGUCUUGGUUGUUGAAGCUUCCUCCUCCUCUGUAUAGCCAUUCAUUCGCAUAUAAGCUCGAUAACUAGGCCAUAAAUGCCAGAAGGAAAAGGCGAGCGCAGCUUGACGAGUUGCGUCAUCAAACGGCCGCCGGAUAAAGAUGAGAGCAAUGAGGUUACUUGUGAGAAGAAGGCCACCGAAUGACUGAAGAAUCAGAGCUGCCGAUGGAGGAAGCGGUUGAAGUUGUGAGGAGGGUUUCAGGAUGAAGGUCAAGGCAGCUGGGGUUUCAAUGAGAGCGUGGAUGAGGAAGGGGAUCGUUGCUGUGAACAGCAUGAUGAUGAUCCGAUGCUGGAGUUGUCAAGUUAUCAGAGGUCAAUGAUAAAGAAGAGUAGUGGAAUCUAGACAACGUUGAGAUU